GCAGAGGGGCCGCGUUUGUUGCCAUGGUAACCAGAGCCAAGCGCUGCGAGCGCUUGCAGCCUGGAUCCUACGUUAUCUUUGCAGGACACAGACAUACGAUGUAAAGUGGGGUGCAUCAAGUCGAGGUCUUUAGGGGUCCUCCAAUGGCUUCAAAGGAAAGGGUGAAUGCAGUGACGAAAGAAACAGGGUUUGCGCGCUGCCGCAAGCCGGCCGCUUACACCCCAGAAACCUGCAAGCUGCUCAAAGCAAUGAUGAAGGAAUCGAAACUCACGAACUUCCAGCAGCGCCACAUCAUGGACACCAUAAAAGGGGGAGACCCUCUGCCCCUACAGUGCAGCCCAACAUCAAGCCAGAUGGCCUCACCUUCCAAGCAGCCAGCCUCGGCCGUCUACCUGCCUCCCAUCCUGACAACCCGGUCCCACCUCCGGCCGGCCAACCUGUGCCAGGCCAAUGGGGCCUACAGCCGUGAGCAGUUCAAGCCUCAAGCCACCAGAGAUCUGGAGAAGGAGAAACAAAGACUCCAAAACAUCUUUGCCACUGGGAAGGACCCAGGGGAACAGAGGAGAAAAGGCCCCCCUGUGCGGCAGGAGGAGCCAGCCCAGGAGCUGGACCGGUUUGAAGAAUUGGUGAGGGAAAUCCAGGAGAGGAAGGAGUUCCUGGCUUCCAUGGAGGCCCUGGGACAGGGCAGGCAGUACCAUGGGAUCAUCCUCACCGAGAUCUCCCAGAAAAUACGGGAAAUGGAAGACAUUGACCACAAGAGGAGUGAGGAACUUAGGAAGGCUCUGGCCACCGCCUAGAGAUGGGACCGGGCAGCCCACCGCGAUGGCUGCAGCCACCGGAACUGGUCCUCAGCCACAUCAAAUGGUGGCCAGCACUGCCCCGCCUGUGACAGUGGUGCAGACAGGGCCCUCCUGGACACCACCUGGAGUGCUGGGGCCGCUGCCGGAGCCUGUGAGCCACUCAGUCACAGACUCGAGUCCUUUCUCAGUGACAGCAAGGCCCAGGUCUGCCCACUGUGGACACGUGUCGCCAGGCACGCAGCAGCUCUCUCCCUGCCACCUCCGCCUCCGCACGUCGCGCUCCUUUCGUUCCUGCACUGCAGACGGAGGGUGAGGCCUUCUUCCACCUGCCUUAGGACCUACGUAUUGUACUUCUUAUAACCCUGGGCAAAUGUUUCACCACACCAAUUAAUUGGCCAAUAAAACUAUUUAACUUGGGUCA